ACAUGCCUGCAGCGAUGCACCUCACUGUGCUGGUGUCCCUGCUUGCAGUGACUGUUUCUAAAGACGCCACAACUUCCUCCACAACCAAACAGGUAACAGAGAUAAUCACAAAUGCUGCACACCACAUCAGUUUGGCUACAAAGAACAAUACUAGCAUUGUGAAAGACAUCACCACACCACAAGAGCUAACAACAACAACUGACCGGAUUACCACUACAGUCCCUUCAAAAAAUGUGUCAUCAUCACCACUGCCGGCUUCCACACAGACGGCGAGCACGAGAGAGGAAACACAUUCCAGUGUCUCUUCUCAGAUUACAACGACCUACCAGACGUCCAACGAGACAGUUUCCCACGGAUCGACACUCCCACAAGCAUCAGAAUCACCAAACACCACUGCAACCACCACUGCAAACACAACCAGUCCAGGUCUUUUACCUGAAUGGGAUAAAGGUGACUUGUCAGAAAAUCCCGGCCUUGUGGCCAUCCUUUGCAUCUUCUGUAUCAUCAUCGCCCUUCUGCUGGUGGUUGUCACUGUGAAAUGUAUCCGAUCACCGAGGUCCAACUUUGAGAGGCUUGAAGACGUUCCCAUGAACAAAGUGAACGAGGGGUCUCCGUUCGCCCAGUACUCAAAAUGACAGAGGAAACUUCAUCAGACAUCCAGGAGGAGUCUGGUCUGCUGUACAACUCUGAUGAUUCUGGACAGAAAAGAAAACAGAAAUGUUGUCCAGACAAAACAACUUUUAUGUUUUUCUCUCUUAUUUCUUAACAAAGCACUUUUAUCAAGGAGAGUGAAGUAUUUAUGCCUCAUCUUUGACCUUUGACCUGCUUGUAUGGUUGCUUUUACCUCUACUGAUUGAAGCUGAAUCAAUUGUUGCACUAACUCUUCCUUUAUAGUUUAUUUUGAAAGAGUAUCAGCCUGAAAGAUACAAAUGUAAAUUGAAUGUUUCCAAAAUUGGUGAUGUAUUUCUUUAUUAACACUUAAAAUGAAUAAUUGCACUCAAGUAACAAGUGACAUUAUAAGAAUACAUUUUAAGUUUCCAUGAUAAUUAUUUUGUCGUCAACAGUGCUCAGGAAGAUGUAUUUCCAGUGUUGAAAGUUUACGGGAAUAAAGUUAUCUGCAUGUACACAUGCAUUUUUGAGCAAUUAUUAUUACUAUAUAUUAUUAUUAUUAUUAUACAUAUAAAUAUAACUAAUUGGAAUGCACAAGUUCAUGUCAAAUAUAUGUUUUUAUUAUGUUAUUUAUUGCCAUAUACUAUGAUGUAUAAAUAAUGUCUACCCUGGCCUGAGACAUCCAAAGUAAAUGUUUUUGAAGUCCAAAAACAGUUUUGAAUAAUAAUCUAAUUUGUUGAGUCAAAUUUCAGCAAGAACAAUGAAGAAACACAAUUUAAUAGAAUUAUUAUGGCCAAAAAACAUGAAGACUGCCAACUAACCAGUGAAAGAUAUGGAAAAAAUGACAAAGGUAAUAUACGAAGACUGGCUAGAAAUAAUGCCAACAAGUGCAGGUAUUGUACUUUGGCUCGCUGAACCUGCAAAUUCAACUAGUUUAUAUGUGUUGGCUAUUAAGUAAUCCUAGUAAAUUAGAUUAUUUCUGCCUUAACAAACAAUACA